AUGGCUGGUGAGCUCUCUGUCUUGGAGAGGGUAGACGCAGCAAUUGAAGGCCUGCUUGCAGAAUGGAGUAUUUUCACCUCGGUCAUCGCUGCGGCGCUUGUUCUCUUUGGCAUUUAUUCUGUCGUGUCAAUUAAGGAUCCGGAUGUCCACCCGUUCUUGCUCGCUCGUCAAUCGACCGGCUCUCCGAUUCGUCAAGCCGGUGAAUCAGCUACGUUUCGCGGUCUCGAAACACCGUAUGGUUAUCCCCUCCGUCAAGGAUUGGGUGUCAAAGACCCUGGUACUCCGAAAUGGACAGCUGGCCGUCGCGGUGAUCUGCGUGAUAUCUGGAGAACUGCGGUCCGUGGGGCACUGAACGAAGAUGGUACUACCUCCGGAAAACAAGGCAAAAUCUAUACGGUUCUUGGGAAGAGAGCCGUAGAGCACACUCUAGGGCAGGUCACCCAAGAGAUCAACGUAAUCGGUCGUCACUUUCAGAAAGCCGGGGUCAAGACGGUUGCGGUCUGCCUCACUGAUUCUAUUGAACACCUUGCUUCGAUCUUUGCUGGGUCUUUCUUUGGAUUCCGAGUUGUCUUGGUUCCUCAUGGCUUGCCCGCCGCGACUCUUUCAGCCCAGCUACAAAAGAACCAAGCCGAUGCUUUAAUUGCGGAGGCUGGCUCACUUGACUUAACAUUUGUUACGAGGAAUAACAAGCAAUUGUCUGCCGUCCUUUGGGUUGCUCAUCUUGGCAAUCAACACAUGGACUGGCAUCAGGUUCCUAAGGAUGUCGAGACCUCGCUUGACGUUGCCGUUUGGCAUGAGCUGGUCGAAGAAGGCAAAGACAUUGCUGGCUUCGAAGUUCCCGAAUAUGAUCCUGCAAUCCCAGCACCGGGCCUCAGCACCGUGUGGGCCUUUGAAUCUGAAACCGGCGAGUUCAUCAACUUCACACAAGAGAACCUCGUGGCGGCCAUUGGGGCUCUCGGGUCGGCGCUUCCUCGAAACCAACGGGUCAAUGCGUCUGACCUUGUUCUCUCUAUUGAUUCUUUGUCCCGAUCAUAUCCCCUUUGUCAAAUUUUCAAUGCCCUAUAUUCCAACGCCUCGAUUGCUCUCAACUCAGUCGCUGGGGAAAAUGUCGAUUUCGCCCUUGCGACCAAAGGUGUUUCUCCUACAGUGAUCAUUGCGUCCUCGAGGACUAUGUCGGAGUACCACGAUCGUGUGAUGGCACCCCGCGCUGGUUUCAUUACAUCUCUUGGUCGAUGGUUGCAAGCUCGCACAUUGGAUGCAGGCAACAUGCCAUCCAACAGCUUCCUUAAUCAACUUACCCACAUCGCACCAACUGCAGAGCUUUCUUUGGGAAAGCUUCGUCUUCUGUGCAUCUCACACCGAGUCGAUGCAGAUCCCGCGACUCGCUUGACGACAGAACAGAUGACCGAUCUACGCAUCUACAUGAAUGCGCGCGUGGUCUACGCGUUGACUGGUCCUGGUAUUGCUGGUGCCAUUACCCAGACCAACGUGUUUGAUUAUCGUAAUCUCGGCGGAUGGAGCCACUUUGGUGCACCUCUCAGUAGCACCGAAAUCACGCUGAUUGGCGUUGCCGAGGACGGAAACUCCGACGACAACCCCCAGGGGGAGAUCCUUGUCUCCGGACCUGCUGUUGUGAAUGAGAAGGUCAAGCUUCCUUUCCGCGGACGCAUCGGUAUCGACAAUACCUUGACACUGAAUGUUUGA